AUGCGACGUGCCUCGAUACCCGUAGCCGCCCCUCAAAGUUCUGAACAUGGUGUGCGUUACGCUCUUGAUCAUGUCCACUUCACUCCGACGCAGGAUGGUGUCGGAGUGCCGAACAGCAGCACUUCGGCGUUAUUCUUCGUUGAUCCGGUCAGCGGAGAGGUGAGCGCAAACCCGCAGCUCUCCGAGCAACCCCAAGGUGUUUACAGUGUCGUUGUGAAUGCUGUUGACGCGAAAUCGUCUGAGCCGUUGGAGCGCAUCGUCAAGAAGUUCCAUUAUGUAAAAGAUGACAUGAAGUUGCGCUACGUCUUCAGCAUGAAACUGGAAGAGUUUGCCGCCAGUCGUGAGCAAUUCUCCAAGAAGCUGCAGGAAGCUCUCAAAGUAGACCAUCCAGAAGGGAAGAUGCAAGUGGUCUUUUCGGAGCCCAAGAGAGAUAUGCGAAACGGAACAAGAACGUCGGUCUGUUUUCAUGUGGUGAUGAACGAGCAGGUGCAGAACGAACGUUCAGCCAUUUCUGGCCCUGUCACAAACAACCGUGGAAAACAGCGAACUCUCACGGCUCUAUCACACUUUCAACGUGGUCAACAUCGAGCGUUGCGAAGCGACCUCGUCGCCAUUGGUCCGCCAGUCGAGCUUCCAGCUUCCAAUGCAGGUUCUGCUGCUGAUUGCUGGUGUGGCCCUCCUUAUUGUUGUCCUCGUCGCCCUUCUCACUUACAUCUGCUUUGUGCGGCGUUAUAA